UUAAUUUAGAAAGUUACAAUCAGAAUUAACAGCCUAUAUUUUAAAUAUGGAUAUUCAUUUCUUGCAGCCGUUUCAGAAUAUAUUUGAUUCUUCUGCAAAUAUUUAUUUUGCUAUAUUUGUUACUUUGGUAGCAAUAAGCAAUGCAAAUAAUAUAAAACUAAUUCAAGGGAGAGACCUUAAUCAAAAGUUAUUUGUAUAUAUAGUUUCUGGAUUCUUUUUUAUUCUCAGAAGAAAAGCUGGUGAUACUGUUCUCCUUCUUGGACUUUGCGAUUCUGGAAAAACACUAAUGUUUAGUUGGCUUGUAGCAAAUAAAUCAAUAUCAACUCAAACUUCUAUAAUUGAGAACAAGGGAACUUAUAUAGCUAAUAAGAGUGGUAAGACAUGGCAAGUUGUUGAUCUUCCUGGACAUGAAAGAGUUCGAGCUAAGUUUUUGUACAAGCAUAAAGAUGGAGCAAGGGGAAUUAUAUUUGUUAUUGACAGUGUUAAUUUUCCAAGAGAAUUACGUGAUGUUGCAGAGUUUUUGUAUGAUGUUUUAGCGAAUCGCACAAUGCAAAAAAAUAAAGUAUCGAUUCUUAUAGCAUGCAACAAACAAGAUAUGCCCACCGCAAAGUCGAGUCAAGUCAUCAAACUGCAGUUAGAGAAGGAGUUAACAACACUAAGACAAACACGAUCAGCUGCCUUGCUUGGAAUUGACGAUUAUUCGUCUAGUAAAAAUGCAUUUAUUGGAAAACAAGGUAAAGAUUUUGAGUUUGCGCACGUAAAUCCAAUUAAAGUUCAGUUUUGUGAAUGCAACUUGAAAAACGAAAAUAGCGAAGAAACACUCUAUGAUCAAGUGGAAAAUUGGAUGAACUCUUUGUAAAAAUUUGUUUGCUUUGGCGAUUUUUGACAAAUAACGUAAAAACAGAGAACAUUUAAAUACAAAGGUGGUGGGAAAAUUUUAGGAUACUUUUAAUAUACGGCUUUUGCUCUCCUAAGAUACUCAAUUCUAUAAUACGAGAGUAUGAUGCAAUAAUAUAUUAUAUCAUUUAUUUUUUCUAAUUUAGAAUUUUAUUAGAUUUUGAUUUGCAAUUUUAAAAUCUUCUUUCUAAAAGAUUUUGAAAUUUGUAGUAAAAAAAUGUAUUUUGUUCUGGAAAAUUCGAAACCGUAUAUUUAAAACUAAAAGUCAGGCGAACGAGAUAUACAUAAAGGCGUAAAGACCAACAAUUUGUAAUGUUUAUUCUAUGUGUUACAGGGUGAUAAAAAUCAACAA